AUGGCCGACGUCGUGUCUGAAAACCAGGCUUAUUUUGGCAAGAUCGCCACCGAAUAUGACCAGCGCAAUGCGGAUGCGAUUGUGCAGCUAGAGCGCGGCAUCCGAGAGAGGAUUCCAUUCAUUGGUGUCAAGCAAGACGCGAGGUUGCUAGACUACGCUUGUGGUACCGGCAUGCUCUCGAGGGUCUUAGCACAGCAUACAAUUGAGGCUAUAGGCAUUGACUUGUCGGAGGAAAUGGUCAGGGUAUACAAUGCCCAGGCUCAAAGCCAGGGCUCUUCACGCCAAGCCUACCAAGGCAAUCUGGCUGAUCCUAAGGACCCCUCCCCAACAGCCUUUGCUGAUAGCAAGUUCUUCGGAUUCGACGUUGCAGGCGUGGGGCUCGGAUUCCACCACUUUGACAAGCCCGAUCUAGCAUCCAAGCAAUUGGCCGAGCGCCUCAACCCAGGUGGCGUUCUCUUCAUCAUUGACUUUGUUGCCCACAAGAUAGACCCCAAGGAUGCCGCUCUGCGUGGUAUAACACAUCACGGGUUCAUUGAGGACGAGAUCAAGAAGAUGUUUGAGGAUGCUGGACUCACGGACUUUGCUUACCAAGAGCUCCCGGAACCCAUCACAUUCAAGGAUUGUCACGGCCACGAUCAUGGCCACGAGCAUGGUCAUAGUCAUAAUCACCAGCACAAUGAGGACAAUCACGGCAACAGUAGUGAGCAUGUUCAUAGCCAUGGGACGAAGAAGGGCUCAACUACGACUAAGAGGAUAUUCAUUGCCAGAGCGUCCAAGCCAUAA